AUGGCACUGGUUGUGCCGAACCCACCGACACAACCGCGACGAGUCAAGGUUUACGAGCUACGAAAUAAUGAUUGGUUCGAUAGGGGCACUGGGUAUUGCACAGGGCAGGUGUUGAAUGAUGAGCCGCAUAUUCAAGUCAAGUCGGAGGAGGAAGAAGAUCGGUUGCUCUUGGAGACGAGAAUAGUCAAGGAUGAUGGAUAUCAGAAGCAACAAGAGACUCUGAUAGUAUGGACGGAGCCCAAUGGAACGGAUAUGGCCUUGAGCUUUCAGGAACCUGAAGGUUGUGCUGCGAUAUGGGAUUUCGUCAGCCAUGUUCAGAAUAGGAUAAUGUCGCUAUCUAGCGCUGAUGACAUACUCUCUGACGACAAUGAAGCUCUACUGUAUUCGGUUAAGCUCCCCAAGCCAGAACUCAGUAUCCUCGCCAAUAUCGAAAACAUGAUGCAUACUCUGACGAUAAAUGCGGCUGGGAGAGACUCGCUGGCGAAAUUCAUUAUCAAUGAUGACUACAUACCGAAACUCGUGCCGCUGCUGGAUACGGCGGAGGAUAUGGAGAUGUUGCCGGAGUUGUUCUCGUUGUGUCGGAUCAUGAAAAUAAUAAUAUUACUGAAUGAUUCCACAAUAAUAGAGUACAUUGUUACAGAUGAGGUUGUUAUGGGAGUUGUUGGUAUCUUAGAAUAUGAUCCCGACUUCCCGACACACAAAGCCAAUCACCGGAAGUAUCUUUCUGACGACACUAGAUUUAAGGAAGUGGUGACGAUUGAUAAUCCAGACAUUAAAAAGAAAAUCCAUCAAACAUAUCGGCUCCAAUACCUCAAAGACGUUGUUCUAGCCAGAAUACUCGACGACCCAACCUUCUCUGUUCUAAACUCUUUAAUUUUCUUCAAUCAAGUCGACAUCGUCCAGCACCUCCAAACCAAUGGCGUUUUCCUAAAAGCUCUAUUCGAGUUAUUCUCCUCGGAUCCACUCCCACCUGAAGAUAAGCAACGACGAAAACAUGGUGUCCAGUUUCUACAGCAAUGCUCGGCUAUAGCGAAGAACUUGCAGGGACCUAGUAGAUCACAGUUAUACGCCAACUUCAUCCAACAUGGCCUUUUCAACGUCAUUGACUAUGCGCUUCAAAACGACGACCCUGCUACACGGAUCGCCGGUACAGAGAUUUUGGUCUGCAUGAUCGACAAUGAUCCGCUUAUGAUGAGGAACUUUAUCUUCAAGCAGAUACAAGAGAAAACGAAACCAUUGACUGAUACGUUGAUUGAACUGCUGUUAUCAGAACAAGAUAUGGGUGUUAAAUCUCAAGUCGCAGAUGCAAUCAAGGUGUUACUGGACCCUAAUCAGGUGCAACCGCUGGAGGGCAUCGCGAAAAUGAGUGAGAUGAUGAAUGUGGUUGGAAAUGCGACAAGGCGGCCGCCUGGUGCGGAGGAAGGACCGGCAGAAGUGUUCUUUACGAGCUUCUACGAUAAAAGUGCGAAAAAGUUAUUUAAACCUCUAUCAGAUUUGGAGGGGAGGACGAUAGAGUCGUUAUCGCCUCACGAAUCAGCAUUGUAUACCCAUUUGCUCGAGCUUUUGUGUUUCUUCGUUCGGCAUCAUUUGUUCCGAAAUAAGUAUUUCAUACUCAGUGAGAACAUUGCCCCGAGAGUUGCGCAGUUACUUACUGCUAGCGAGAAGUUUGUACAACUUGCUGCGCUAAAAUUCUUUAGAGCAUGUGUGCAACUCAAUGAUGAGUUUUAUAACCGUCAACUGAUUAAGAACAAGUUGCUGGAGCCGAUAUUAAACAUUGUGAUCGAGACUAUGCCGAAAGAUAACCUCUUAAAUUCAGCGUGUCUAGAGUUCUUUGAGUUUAUUAAGCGGGAGGGGAUAAAACUCCUUAUAAACCAUCUCGUUGAGCAAUACCGCGAGAAACUCGCAGAGAUCACAUAUGUUGACACCUUCUCCUCGCUUAUUAUCAAGUAUGACCAAAUACACGAUACCACUGCCCCUUUCUCUGCGGACGAAGAGGCUGGUUCUCGUAGCACAGUCAAUGGUGGGAAGCGAUGGGAAGGGCUCAAGGAUCUAGAUGCCGCCGAGGAGGAGUACUUCAACGGCUCUGAUGAUGAGGACGAAGUUGAAUAUUCGACAGUUGAGAACAGUGGCAAGAGGAUUAAGACCGGCGGCAAGACGCCUGCCUCUGCAGCCGGGUCAAGUCCGGCUGGAGGCAAGAGUUUGGUAGACUAUCCGGAUGAUGACGAAGAUGUGGUCAUGGAUACUACGGCGGAUGUGAAUGGAGAGGCUUCGAAAGAUAUUAGUUCGGCUGGCGACGAGGCUGGCGGAAUUGAGAAUUUGAAUAUUGCAAGUCGGGCGAACAGCGUUGAUGUGAACGGGGAGGAUGCUGCUGCUAGCUCUGCUGCCACUUCCGCUGGGAAUGUGACACCUACACCGUCUUCAGGGACUGAUGAUCAUGUCAUGACUGGUUCAUUGCCACCUACGCCGGAUAGGUUAAGCGAAAAACGGAGGAGAGAGGAAGAAGCGGAGGAUGAUGGGAUGGAAAGGUUGCUGAGGAGCACGAAAAAGAGGAGUCCAAGUAUGAGCAAGAAAGGGAGUGUAGUGGUACCUGGUGUUACUCCUGCGGCUGGGGCUGCUGGCAAGAAGAUCUCAAUCAAUUUUGCAAGUAAAGGUGAGAACGGCAAGAAGAAGGAGAAGGAGAGGGAGAAAGAAAAGGAGAAGGAGAAGGAGAAAACAGAAAAAGAGACAGAGAAUGGGGAAGAGUAA